CCUGUCCUUCAGAUGACUGCUGGCUCAGGAGCUGGGAAAGCUUUUUGAGGACCAGGUGAAAGCCACAUUUUGUGAUUCAGGAAAAUGGACUUGGAGGUCAGUGAACCAAUAGACUUUAGUUCUGGAGAUCAUCAACAUCUGGUUCAGAAAGCAGCAGAUGAUACUAUCCAGAGCAAGUCUGCUCGGUCCUACAGAACUUCAUCUUCAACUCAUGGGCCACAACAAACUCAUGGGAAUCCACGCUCCAAAGCUGGUGAGCGAGGGGAUACCUAUGUGGUAGAAAUUUCAGCAGAGACCACCACAGAGGACAGCAAUCCUUUAUCUGGCCCAUUCUCAGAAGCAGCUAUCCGCAGAGAUUUCAUCGUAAAAGUGUUCUUCCUCCUGUCAGUUCAGCUGCUGAUCACUGGGGCAAUCAUCAGCCUGUUUCUUUUCUGGAAGGCUUUAAGAGUUUGGGUGGUCAAGAAUCCCUGGUUCACCUAUGCACUCUUGCCAGCAUUUUUUGUUGUAUUUAUUAUACUUGCUUGCUGUGGGAAGCUCCACUGCCAGGUGCCUGCGAAUUACAUUCUUCUGGGAUUAUUUACAAUACUUCAAGGUCUGCUGCUAGGAACCAUGUCAGUUUUCUAUAAUGCCGAGGAAGUGUUAUGGGCAACAGCAGCAACCGCUCUAGUGACGAUAUCACUCGCUUUAUUUGCUCUUCAAACAAAAUGCGAUUUCACCUUGCUAAAUGGAAUGCUGUUUGUUUUACUCUUCGUACUUAUUACCUAUGGAACUCUCUUAAUCUUCAUACGAUCAUAUUGGUUGCAUCUAUUGUAUGCUGGACUUGGAACUGUGAUCUUCUCACUCUACUUGGUGAUGGAUGUACAGCUGAUGGUGGGAGGGUGCCAUCAUCAUUCUGACCUGGACCCUGAAGAGUAUGUUUUUGCUGCCCUGAACAUCUACAUGGACAUAAUCAACCUUUUCCUUUUUAUUUUGCAACUGAUUGGACUGGGACGGUAGUCAUACGGCCAAGGCUGGCUCGGGCUGAAAAGAGGGAAGGAGGAACGCCUGUGAAGACAUACAGAGGUUACCACACCAUUACCCCUUCUAUUUUAAAAUACUUAAUUUUUUUGUCAAAUGACAGUGAGCAUUCAGUAAAUGUUAGCUGUAGCUGUUAUAUAUUUUUAGUUCCACUGUCACAUUGCAAAACUUUCUGGCGGACGUUUCUGAUUUUUAUAAAUUCAAAAGGUGAGUUACAUAACUACACACUUACAAACAUUUGUAAGAUGCUCAUUACUUUGUGGACGUUUUCCAGGCACUAUUUAAAGCUGUAAUCAACAUCCCUCUACAUGAAUAAAAUUGAUUACAGAAACC